AUGGCAGGCUUCACAAAAUGCGGCGGCGCUCGAGGCGGCAGCUCCUACAAAAAGACCUUCACAAAGAAACGCUCUUCCCCAGACGCCGACGACGACGCCGCGCCGCCGCGCGCAAGCAAGAAGACCAAAUCCGGAGACGACGACGAUGAGUCGGUACCAGUGGUGCCGGAACUGAAGACGGAUGAUAACGGCGAUGUAUAUGUUGGUCUCAACGCUAGCGGCAAGCGACGCGUAACAGUUAGCGAUUUUAACAAGAGUACGCUUGUUAGUAUACGGGAGUACUACGUUACUGAUGCUGGAGAGACGAGGCCGGGAAAGAAGGGCAUCUCGCUUACAGUCGAUCAAUACAACGCUUUACUCGCAUCGGCACCGCUUAUCGAAUCUGCGCUCGCGAAGAAGGACAUACAGGUCGUACGGCCGGAUUACGAGGCUGAUCUGAGUGCGAGAACCCAGGACAAGAAGGAUGGCGACGAGGGAGAGGCAGAAGAGGAUGAGGAGGAGAGUGCAAAGAAGGCUGCGGGCGAAGACGAUGACGAUGAGUGA